GGCUACCCGUUCGGGGGCAGCUACUACGGCUGCCGCCUGUCGCACAACGUGAACCUGCAGCAGAAGCCGUGCGCCUACCACCCGGGCGACAAGUACCCGGAGCCGUCGGGCGCCCUGCCGGGGGACGACCUAUCCUCCAGGGCCAAGGAGUUCGCCUUCUACCCCAGCUUCGCCAGCUCCUACCAGGCGAUGCCCGGCUACCUGGACGUGUCGGUGGUGCCCGGGAUCAGCGGGCACCCAGAGCCGCGUCACGACGCGCUCAUCCCCGUCGAAGGCUACCAGCACUGGGCUCUCUCCAACGGCUGGGACAGUCAGGUGUACUGCUCCAAGGAGCAGUCCCAGUCCGCCCACCUCUGGAAGUCUCCCUUCCCAGGAGACGUGGUGCCCCUACAGCCCGAGGUGAGCAGCUAUCGGCGAGGACGCAAGAAGCGCGUGCCCUACACCAAGGUGCAGCUGAAGGAGCUGGAGAAGGAGUACGCGGCCAGCAAGUUCAUCACCAAAGAGAAGCGCCGGCGCAUCUCAGCCACCACGAACCUCUCCGAGCGCCAAGUCACCAUCUGGUUCCAGAACCGGCGGGUCAAAGAGAAGAAGGUGGUCAGCAAAUCGAAAGCACCUCAUCUCCACUCCACCUGA